AUGAAGGACGACGUGGCACGCGAGGAAGGGGCAAGGAGCGCCGAGCUGGGCUGCUUCCACCAACAGGGCGCCUUCAGCGGUGGCAACAGCGGCAGUAGCAGCGCUCAGCACCAGCAGCACCAACAGCAGCAGCAGCAGCAGCAGCAGCAACGCACCAACUUCAGCACGAAGCAGCUGACCGAGCUGGAGAAGGAGUUCCACUUCAGCAAGUACCUGACGCGCGCGCGACGCGUCGAGAUCGCCGCCGCGCUGCAGCUGAACGAGACCCAGAUCAAGAUCUGGUUCCAGAACCGGCGCAUGAAGCAGAAGAAGCGAGAGCGGGAGGGACGCGACCCCGCCGGAAAGGGGCUCUCCGCCGCGCCCGCCGGAGAAGGCGACGCCGAGGUCGGAGUCGUCGGCGUCUCGGUGGCGGGGGUCGCGAUGGGAGUCGGGGUCGGACCCCGUGAGAGGCCGUCGGCUCUCAGGAGCGGGUCGAACUCGCCUGCUGAGACAGACUCGGCCGCAAUUGCUGCUGAUGAUGAUGAUGACGACGACGAUCAUCGUCAUCGCCCUGAUGAUGAUGAUGAUGAUCGUGAUGAUGACGAUUAUGACGUGUCGCCGUGAGUUGGGCUGGGCCGGUAGAGAAGAGACGCUGGAGGGGAGACUCUGCGGACGUCGCGGGAAAGGUUUCUGUGUCGGAGUGGAUCUUGAUUUGAAGCUUGCGUGACUGCAGGAACCCAUACUCUUUGGUUGUUUCGGUAAAGUCACGUAGGUAGAAGAAAAAUAAAAAUAAUAAUAAUACAUCACAAAUAUCUAUUAAAAUAAAAUAAAAAAAUGUUAUUAAAUGUUUCUACCUACGUGACUUUACCGAGAGAACCAACGAGUGUUGGAGUGAAAUUCGCCUGUUUUAUUGUUACGUCUCCGCGUCUCUCUAUCCGCACGCGUGGCUCCCUGUGUCUCCGUUUUUGUUUCUACGUCUCUCAAUGAUCUCCGCGUCUGUGUCUCCGUGCGUCCGUCUGUUGCGUCUUGUCUCCAAGCGUCACUUUCCGUAGCUGUCUCCUGUCUCUGCCUGCCUCAGGAACUCCCUCCACUCCGUGUCUCCGUCCCGACGUCUCCACCUCUGCAAUCUCCCGUCUCGUGCUUCUGUCCAUCUCGCAGUGUCGAUGUCUGCGGCUUAGUGUCGCAAUGUCUUCGUGCGCGCGCGCCGUCCCCAUCUCCCCAUCUCUCUGUCGACCCAUCUCGAGGCCAGGCACACAUGUUGACGAAACGGCGGAAACACGAGUUCAAUAUCAAUGUUAAAAUCGGUGGUGGGCGUCAACACGAUUUGCACCAAAUUGCUGGCGAUUUAUGGAGGCAGCGGCAAAGUUUACAGCCAACAAGGAAAAAUAAAGUUCCGAUCGACCAGUACAAUCGCACACGGCCGGUGAAUCUGAUUUGUUUUUUUCUUUCAAGUCGGUCCAAUCACCACAUAAAAAGCUUUGCACUCCUUCGCAUUCAUCUGCAUGCGACAUUCAAACAAUUGUCGUGUUUAUCGCUGUACGUUGCAUUUGUGAUUGCUGUUGUUGAUUGCUAUUGAUCCUGUUAGGUUAUACAUUUAAGUGUAACGCCAACGAGAAUGUCUGCAAAUGCCUCCGUCUCUGUGCACGAUCUCCCGUGGCGGCAAACGCUCUGUCUCUCUGUCUCUCUCGCUGUCUCUGCCUCGUCAGCGAGAGUCAAGCUGACGGAUUCAAACGCUUACCUCGAGAUUCACCACACUUUCAAGUGAAUGAAAAACACAAUCGUCGUAUGUUUACAAUUCCGUACCAUCAAGAAUCGUCCGUGUACAACGACGAACACGCGCAGACAUAUGCGCGUGUGUGUGGCUGUUAGAUUUAAAAAAAAAUCUAAGAGUUGUGAGAAUUAAACGAUGUAAUUAAAAUAAAACAAUGCCUCGGAUGGUGUCCCACGUGGAGCUAUUAGGCAGCUCGCUAUUUAUGAGUUCACUGGUAAUAUAUAAAUACUAUUGUGCGUUAAUAUAUUCAUAUAGGUGAGAUUAAUCAUAUAGGUAAGAUACGCGAAUGUCGUUGGUAUCGCCCCACAGGAUCAAUCCUCAGCUCCCCACUUGACGAUGUGCGGGGUAUAAGACUUGAGUACCUGUCCAGGGGUAGUUUUAUCGUCCCGAUGAUGAUGGUGAUGAUGAUGGACGCCGUGACGCAUAGUUAUUAUUCAGGGAAAGAGAACGCGCGUGUUCGUCUUUGUCUUCGUGCGUAAGCGUUCGCACGUGGUUGCUUGCGUAUGUGCGUGUGUGUGUGUGCGCGUGUGUGUGCGUGUGUGCGCGUGUGCGUAUGUGCGUGUGUGUGUGCGCGUGUGCGUGUGUGUGUGCGCGUGUGCGUGUGUGCGUAUGUGCGUGUGUGUGUGCGCGUGUGCGUGUGUGUGCGUGUGUGUGUGUGUGCGUGUGUGCGUGUGUGUGUGCGUGUAUGUGCGCGUGUGCGUGUGUGUGUGCGUGUGUGUGUAUGCGUGUUUGUGUGCGCGUGUGCGUGUGUGUAUGUGCGUGUAUGUGUGCGCGUGUGCGUGUGUGUGCGUGUAUGCGUGUGUGUAUGUGCGUGUGUGCGUGUGCGUGUGUGUGUAUGCCACUCUGUUGUGGGGAGCGGUAGUGUAGUGGUUAGCGCGCUGCGCUACGAACCUGGCCACCCGGGUUCGAUUCCCGCUCGCGGCCAACACCGGUUACGAUUAUCUUAACCGGUCCUGGGCCUCCCCUAGGUCGACUCAGCCUCAAAUGAGUACCUGGUGCGAUGUGUAAACAUCGCCACUGGGAGGACAAAGGCGGCCGGGCGCGUUGUUGGCCACCCACCCCCUCGUGUGCCGUGCCGGCCUUCAUAGGUGCUACUCGCUAACAGUACUUGCCCCUACAGUCUGCUAAGACUUUGCGGGGGAAAUUUGUCUUUGUGUGUGUGUGCGACUCUUGUGUAUGAUGGGAAGCGGCGUAGUUGUGGUUAGCGCGCUGCACAACGAACUCGGCGACCCGAGUUCGACUCCAGUUCACAUGCAACAACUGCGAGGAUUAUCUCAACCUCGACUGAGUCUUAAAUGAGUUAUCUGGUGCUGCGUGUAAAAUAAAUAACUAGAAAGACAUCAGCAUUAGGGAGACAAAGGCGGCCGGGGGCGGUGCUGGUCACCCCACCAGCUCCUGUGCUGUGUCGGUCUUCUUAUGAGUGGGUAUGUGUGUGUGUGCAUGUAUGUAUAUGUGUGUACAUGUAUGUGUGUGUGUACAUGUAUGUGUGUGUGUACAUGUAUGUAUAUGUGUGGGGAGUGGUAGUGUAGCGGUUAGCGCGCUGUGCUACAAACCUGCCGAUUAUCUUAACCGGUCCUGGGCCUCCCCUAGGUCGACUCGGCCUCAAAUUAGUACCUGGUGCGGCGUGUAUUAAACAUCAGCACUGGGGAGACAAAGGCGGCCGGGCGUUGUGUUAGCCAACCCACCCCCUCGCGUGCCGGCCUUCAUAGGUGCUCGCUAACAGCACUUAGCCCAGCACCCAGUCGAAGCCUAUACAGGGUAUCUUUGUCUUUUGUAUAUGAAUGCGCGUGCGUGUGUGUGUGCGUGUGCGCGCGCGUGUGAAUGAAUAUUCGAGGCUGUAAUUGCGUCCACGCUGCGGUUUAGAGCUCACGAAUUCCUAUCCCCUCCUCCUCCCCCUCGCGAUACAAGGAUGCGUUGGCGCGGCUGCUCGUACCGUACAGGGUUUCAUUUACAUUGAGAUUCAAGGCAGGGUGUGCUCUCCAAAGACGCGUGCGUGUGUGUGUGUGUUGUGUGUAUGUAUAAACACACACACGUGUGCAAAAAUCGAACGGUGAAAGUUGCUUUGUGGUCACUAAUGCCUUUUUGUUUGCACUAAAAAAAAGAGAGUGGCUUAUUUGUCGUUUAAGUUGCAAUCUCGUGGUGUGCGAGACACGGGGUGUGCGUUCCAUAGCGGGUGAUCGUACAGCUUCCUUCCCCAAAUGUUAACGUAAGAACAACAGCAAACCCAUCGAGCUACCUUCGACACAUUCGUCAAUAGCACUGCCUUGAUAUGUACCACGCAAGCCACGUGUCGCGCAGUGCUGGAGAACAUUGAACCAAAAAAGAAAAUGCUAACCUGGCAAGGCCCUCUGAGCUAAAUAGCCCUUUUUGUCUGAAUGUAUGUUGACAGUCUUUCGCACCGUGCUAAUCACGGGUUCGGGGUGGAAAGAUAACACAAACUAAGCAUGUGUGUUUCAGAAGCGGCCUGUCCACAAAUGAUAACGCAACGAAGUGGCUUAUCAUCCUCACGUAGACAUUUAUGGCAGCCACAUCCUCUAAGCCAGUGGUGCUUCUUCUUAAUCUGGGGUGUAUGGCGUGUGAGAUGCCCUUUCUGGGGGAGUGGGACAUGGCCAGAUUUUUUUAGAAGGUAAAUCAUCUAAAACGCAUGUUCUGCACGGACACGUAAAUACAACUACUUUGUUUCAUCAAACUUGUGUAUUUAUUAACAAGAUACUUUGUUUACGAUUGAGAACCAAAGUGUUGCAAGGCUGCAGCAGAUGGUAGCAAGCACCGCUCUAAAACGCGUGAUGUUGAUGCUCAAUGUGGUGGGGGGGGGGGGGGUGGACCCCGGAGGAUCAGGGAUUAAAAUCCACGCGGCCACGGCGAGAGAAACACGCAAACUCCAAAUAGACGGGCGUCAGGGUCGGGAUCGAGCCUACGACCUCCUGUAUACCAGGCGAGGUAGUUAACAUCUGGCCACCGUAUGAUUAUUCCAUUUAUUUUUGCACGGACAUUAAACAUUUUAAUCGGUUAUUUUUCAAAUUGAUAUUUCAUCUGUUCUAAAUUUUUUGUGCGUCUAUUUUAUUCUUCUUCCUUUUCAAAUGACAUUUAAAAAGUGGAGAGAAAUACUGUGGCGAGCUAGUUUAAUUCGUUAUGUAUUCUAAAUAGGGCAGCAAAUGAUAAAAAAAAAUCCUCAAAUAAUUUCAAAAGAUAUUUCUUGUAUCGUGCAUGAAUGUUAAAGGCAGUCAAUUUUAUAACAUUUGUUAAAAUAAAUUAAAUAACCCGAUACGAUUUGUUGACAUAAAUAUAAUAACCCGAUGUGUCCUGACUUUUGGGCCACUGUAUAUCUAAUAGGUGACGUUUCAGGCAAUGAGCCUUCUUCAUAGGCUGCAGGGUUGUUGUUGUUGUUAUUAUUCUUUGUGCUUGUGCACCAAUGCCAACACAGCAGCAGCAGCAUGCACCAGCAGCCAAAUCGCUUCCCGAUGAUGAUGAGUGGUGGUGAUGAUGAUGAUGUUGUUUAAACAAGCUAAUACUCGUAAUUAUAAAUUAUGAGUGUAUAACAAACAUGCUCGUCGACAAUAAUAUCAUCUGAAACGGAAGAAAAAAUAAUGGGCAACGUUUCGAGUCAUGAGCCUUGUUCAGAUGUUUUGUCAGCAUGUACAAUCCGAGGAAAUAAUACUGUCAUUGAGCGCAAUAGAAGACCUAGACGUUUCGGACAGCUGGUCCUUCUGCAGGAAAUAUUGAGGUCUUACAUGUACUGUGAAUAGUAAAGUAGGCGUGGCGAAGGUGCAAUGGGUCGAUGGGCGGUUGAAUAAUUUGUUUGUAACGUGUUCCCCAAUUAAAAGAUGCUGAUUAUCUCACUCCUCGAGUGAGCCACUAUUGAUACGUCAUCGGGCAAAGUCGCUCAGAUUAUGCGGAUGACCGCAUAUAAUGAAAUAGAGUCGAGCGGCAAGCCUUCAAAGUUGUUGAGCGUUCAACAGGCCGCGGUUACCAAACCAGGGCCGGUCACUUUGUAGCCGGAGCUGUCCGCGUCUGAGCUCCGGGAAUGAAAUGUCUGAAUAAGUAUUGCCCACGCGGAACGAAUUCACGUGUGCUACGCCAAUCCAGGACGCGAUGGGAACACGGCUGCUGCUGCUGCGUCGGGCAAACAAGUCUCUGGGGCAAAUAUUGCGGAAUGUUCGGCGACGUUUGAAAACAAAACCAAAGAAUUGCACAAGAGAAGUAGUGCUCACGAAGCAAACGGCACAGGCCCGAGCGUGAUCUUGUUUACAG